AUCAAAAUUGAUAAAUACUUUUUCUUUCAAUCUAUGUCACCAUAAUAAAAUUAAUUUUUCGAAAUUCACACGUAUAAUGGAAAAUUUAUGGCUUCAUCAAAGUGAUAAUAAAACUGAUAAUUAUAGAAAUCAUCAAAUAAUUGAUUAUUCGAAAAAAAUAAGAUGUUACAAUAAACAAUUUUCAUCACCAGUUGAUAUUUUAUCAAUCAAUCGUAAAGAUGUCGAUGAAAUUGAUAAUUUUUACAAUAUUGUACAACUACAUCGUCAACAAUUUAAAAGUGAAAAUGAUAAAUUGGAUCCCUUAAAAUAUUUCAAACAAAAUAAUCAUUCUUCAAUGACAAAUUUAUAUUUUUCUGAAUAUCCACUGACUUAUGUCAAGUACAAAAAACCUAUCGUUCUUCCAACAACAACACAUUUACGAUUAAAUCAAUUUCCAAAUUUACCUGAAAGAAAAUUAUAGCUACUACAAAACUAAUAAUAUUUAAUUUAUCAUUGGAUUAAAAGAUUAUGUUAAUUUAAUAUUCAAUUGAUGUACUUUGUACUUGCAUUAUUAAUAAAUAUGCCAUCCAUUAUA